AUGGACGACAGCUGUGCCGUGUGCGCCGAUUCCCUCGAAUGGGUUGCCUACGGCGCUUGCGGCCACAAGGACGUCUGCUCCACCUGCGUCGCCCGCCUCCGCUUCAUCUGCGACGAUCGCCGCUGCUGCAUCUGCAAAACCCCCUCCGACGUCGUUUUCGUCACCAAGGCUUUAGGGGACUAUACGAAGAUGAUCAAGGACUUUUCGGUGUUGCCGGCUCAAGGGAGGGAGGGCCGGUCGGGGCCGUACUGGUACCAUGAAGACACGCAAGCGUUUUUUGAUGAUGUCGACCACUACAAGAUGAUCAAGGCAAUGUGCAAGCUUUCGUGCAGUGAAUGUGACAAGGCCGAGGAGCAGACGAAUGAUAACCCCAAGCGUCGCCCUGCUAGGUUUAGGAACAUUGGUCAGCUCAAGGGUCAUUUGUAUCACCAGCAUAGGUUGUCUAUGUGCCCUCUAUGUUUGGAAGCAAGGAAGGUAUUUAUUUGUGAACAAAAGCUGUAUACUAAAGCACAGUUGAAGCAGCAUAUAAGUACGGGUGACUCUGAAGUUGAUGGAAGUGAGAGUGAAAGAGGUGGCUUUAUGGGGCAUCCUAUGUGUGACUUCUGCGGAACACCAUUCUAUGGCGAUAAUGAACAUUACACCCACAUGGGUACUGAACACUUUAAAUGUCAUUUAUGCCACGGUCCUGGACAAUAUGAAUUUUUUAGGAACUAUGAUGAUCUCGAGAUGCAUUUCCGCCACAGCCAUUUCCUAUGUGAAGAUGAGUCCUGUCUUGCCAAAAAGUUUAUUGUCUUCCAAUCUGAGGCAGAAAUGAAGAGGCACAAUACUAUUGAACAUGCGGGGCGUAUGUCUCGUUCCAAGCGUAAUGCUGCUCUCCAGAUACCGACUAGCUUCCGAUAUCGACGAAGUAGUGAACAAGAUAAUAGGCGUGGAAGAGGUCGAUCAUUUCAUCGUGAAUCUCGUGAUUCUUCUGAUAGUCAACUUUCUAUGGCAAUUCAAGCUAGUUUGGAGACAUCUCCUACCGAUGAUAGCGCAUUUCAUGGUACUUCAUCAUCCACUGGGCACGCUGCUUCAGAUCUUGGAGAUACAAAUGAUAUUGAUCCAAUUAUUAGUCCAUUUGAAUCCUUAAGUACGACAGAUGCCGAAGCAUCUUCAAGGUACCUUCAAGCCUUGGGGGGGCUAAGUUUUGGGACAGCGCCUUUGCAGGACUCUUCCUUUCCUCCACUUGCACCUGGAAGCAGUCAAUCAACACCCAUCUCGGAUGGUUUGCCUAAUAACUCUAUGGCAGCUCAUCUCCGCCGGCAAAACAAACGCAAGGUGGCUGUUAAGCCUGUUAUUAGUGCCAGUCAGGCCUGGCCAGCAGCUGGGCGUGCACCUGUAGUACCACCUAGUAGUUCAGCUCAAGCAUGGCCUACAACACAGGUUUCACCUUCGAUAUCACGUGGUUCCGGUCAGAACAAAAAGGCCUCUGGGAGUAGACCAGGGCCUUCUAGUUAUGCAAGUUCUGCUCAAGCUCAAGUUGAGACUCGACAGACAACAGUUCCUGGAUUCUCAUCGUCUGUUUCUUCUGCUAGGAUUAGCCACUCUGCACCUGCCCCUAAUUUGGUUGAGAAUGGUACAAUUCAACCUUCCAUCUCUGAUUUCCCUCCAGUUUCUGCUGCACAAGUAUGUAAGAUGCCCUCAACUAACCAGCCAACUCAGCCUAUAUUGAAAGUGGCGGAUGUUCAAACUGCUAACAAGUCCUUGGUGGAAAAGAUUCGCGCUGCUGUUGACUUUGACGAAGAGAAAUACAGUGUUUUUAAGGACAUAUCAGGGCAGUAUCGUCAGGGUUUAGUUGACACAGAUGUAUAUUUAGAUUUUGUUCGGCAGUUUGGCUUGUUGCAUCUUGUCCUUGACUUGGCUAGACUCUGUCCUGAUACUCACAAGCAGAGAGAGCUGAUUGAUGCCUACAAUAAGAGUAUGCGAAGCAAUGGGGCACAAGAUAAUGGAUGGUCUCAGGGCAAUGUCCGAUUGAAAGAUUCAAAGAAAGGCAAAGGGAAGAGUUUAGAAAUAGCAAACAGCAAGUCUAAAGGGAAGAGUCUUGAAGCGGAAAACAGUAGUUCUGCGGAUACAUUAGCAGAUAGCAUCAUUAAUUCUGUACGGGAACUUCAAUCAAAUCACAGGCCUUUAGAAGAAGUGGUUGAGGUGUUGUCGAAGGAUGGAUACCGUGCUGCCAAAGGUAAAUCAAAGUUGAUAGUUGAUGAACGACAGGAUGAAUUAAACUCUCGCAGUCAAGCACCAACAGAGCCGAGGAGCCAAAAGGAUCCGGUGCCUGCUGUUAGUGGAUCUAGUCUUCAUCUCGGGGAUGGUGGUGGAGGAAGCAAGCAGCGGAAGAAAACCUCAAAAUUCCAUAGAGUUCGCUUGGGUGAUGGCUCUGCUGCCGCUCUCUUGGAUCUUAAAAAUUCUGAUCCUCAGCCAGAUAAUGGGGGUGAACAGUUAGAUGGGAGCGGUAACUCGGCCGGAGGUUUGCCCGUCCAUGGUGUUUGGAGACACAAAGCCGCAAAUAAACUUUUUAGUUAGAAAGCAUGGUCUGUGCCUAUCAUUUUGCAAAGUGUGGCAGUGACAGAUUGAACUGGUAAGUUAUGGAGAAGAGUUUGUUUUCACAUGCCCAUUUUUGUGACCUAGUUCUAAACUCAAUGGGGUUUGAUCCAUAGUUUAUCUGCUAGGUUGGGUGGUUUUGUGUUGCAUGGUGAUUUUGAGGUGAGUUAGAUAUAUAUGCUCAUCUUCAUUUGUGUCCGUCAUCAUGACGAGUGUUUAUAUAUAUAUUACUCCUUGGAAUCGGAAAAUAUGAGUGCAAAGGUUUGAAAUUUACAGUUGUUGAAAUUUCUGAUUCCUUAACUUUUUGUUCUUGAACUCAGACUGACUGGAGUUGAGGACAUAAUCUGGAAAUAGACUGGUUGUUGUUUUAGUUUUGUUUGGUUUGUGGCCCUGUUUUCCCUGAAAACUAUAUAUAAAUACAAAGUUGAUUUAUGGC